AUGAUCAGAGGUUUAUUCCAUACAAAGACAUGCUGCGUCACUUUUCAAACCAUUCGUGCAAUUUUAGAACAAGACAACAAAAAAAAAUAUUUCAUAUCUCCACCUUCAUCAUCAUCGCCAUCACUAUCACUCGCCAUGACCUCCAAAUUAUUAGAAGAAAAGUAUCGUGAAGCCAUCCGUUCUCUCUCCGUUUCCUGCAAGGAGAAUAUGCAAUGCGUUGAUUGCAACAACACCCAAAAGAAAACGUCCUUUGUGGUCUUGCAAUAUACGAGCUUUAUUUGCGAAGACUGUGCCGAUGCUCACCGAUUCUAUGGCUCUCAAGGAGUUAAGCAGAUUGGACUCUCCAAUUUUACCAAGGAAGAAGUUGAAACCAUGCAACGUGGUGGAGGCAAUCAGAAGGUACAACAAGUGUGGUACGGAGGAAGGAAUGAUAUUGUCAAGCCAAAUCCUAAAUUAUGUAGUUCCGAUAAGGAAUACAAGCAAAAGGUGAGAGAGCAUAUUGAGAAGACCUAUGUCAAGCGUUUGUACCGAUCCUCUUCAUCAUCGGUUGUUGAUAAUACGAAUCAACAACCAUCGGGUACAAACAAUUCAAUCAACACCAACACCACUUCUCUCAAUCCUGGUACCUUUGGAGAGAAUAUUCCCUAUAAUAACGUUCAAUUCAACAGUGGAGGAAUUGAUACCAGAAAGAGAGGAACAGAUUUGAGUUCCACUCAGUACGCCAAUGUAAAAACCAACACCUCUUCAACCAUUAUUCAUAGUGGUAAUAUUGCCGGAGUGAUGAAUCAGCAAACCUCUUCUGGUUCUUCUGUUCAAUCACAACAACAACCACAACCAACAAUGGUACCACAAUCCGUUAAUAAUCGACCACCCCAACAGCAGCCGCCACAAAUGGGAAUGAUCAACAACAACAACAUGAAUCAACCUCCCAUGAUGAUGAAUAAUAUGGGAAUGAUCAACAACAAUAAUAAUAAUAUGGGAUUCAAUCAAGGAUUCUAUAAUCAACCACCACCACCACAAGGAAAUUAUAUGAUGCCACCAAACAAUAACACCGUAAUGAUGGGAUACAAUCAACCUCCUCCAAUGAUGAAUAACAACAACAAUAUGUCUUUCAAUAAUUAUGGAAACAAUUAUCCUCCAUACGGAAACAACACUAAUACUUUCAACAAUAAUCCAACAAUGGGAGGAUAUAAUUCACCAAAUAACAUGAUGAUGCCUUACGGUAACAAUUAUGGCCAACAACAACCACCAUUCAAUAAUAAUUAUAACACGAUGAUGGGCCCACCUUCACAAAUGAACAACAAUAACAACAACACUAUGAUGGGAUACAACAAUAUGCCAUCAAUGAACAGUAGCAACAUGAAUUAUAACAACAAUAAUUUCAAUACCAUGCAACAACAACAACCACCAAUGAGCAACAAUAUGAAUAGACCUCCACAACAACCACCAAGCAAUAAUUAUGGUCACAUUAGCAGCAUGUCUCCUCCUUCAUCAUCGUUUGGUAUCACCAACACAAGCAGCAACAAUUUUGGAAAUGUAAAUACCACCACUCCUGUCAACAGUGGCAGUAAUAGAGCCUCUCCUUCAUUUGGCAGUACCAACGUCGUUCCAUCUCCACCAAAAGCAACAGCAAUAGUUCAGCCUCCUGUUUCAUCCAAUCCUCCACUUCAAACUCCUCACAACAAACCAGUGGUGAUGAAUCAACCUUCCUCAAGUACAGCUGGCUCAGGUUCAUUUGGCACUCUAUCAGGCAGAAGUGGAAGCUUCAAAGGUACCACUACUACUACUACUCAACCUUCCACAUCUGCAAGUAGCACCUCCACAAGUCAACCACCAGUGAAUACCUCAAGCUUGACCAAUCAAUUCAACAAAUUGUCUUUGGGCGGUGGUUCAUCAACAACCCUAAAAACAAGCCCAAGAGGCACCAACACAGCCACCAGUAGUAGUCUUCCAAAUUCGGCAACCUCAACCUUAAAAACAAGUCCAAGAGGAACGAACAAUACCCAGGGCACCUCUGGAAACAACAGUGCCACCACCACAACUCCAAAGGUUGUCACAACACAAUCCGGUGUUCUCGUGGGUACUACAAAGACUAUUGAUUCAUCUGAAUUUGAAAAGACUCAAGCUGUGACAACUGGAACCUACAUGGACGAUUUACUAAAGAAAGCCAACCAAGACAAUGACAAAUUCAAGGAAAUUAAUCCAAGCAAAGUUGUACCAAUGAAACAAACAACAGAUUGGCAAUAA